CCCCCCCCUCCUUGGGUCGCCGCGAGAGAGAGAGAGUGGACGCGCCGGGGGUUUGAGGAGCAGAAGCGGGCUGUCCACAUGGUCCAACCACUGGCGUGAAAGUUGACUUCUUCCGAAAACCAGAGAACAGGUGCCAGUGAUGAUGGUGGAAUCAGCCUCUGAGACAAUUCGAACAACGCCGUCCAACCAGAACGGAGUCAGCAGCCUCAGCAGCCAAUCAGACGGAGGAGGAGGUAGAGAGGGUGGAUCCAAUGGAGACACCAACGGAGAGAUCAGUCCAGUCGACUUACUGCACCUGCAGCAACAACAGGCGAUCCAGGCAGCAAGACAGUUCCUCCUCCAGCAGGCCUCUGGACUGAACUCCCCUGGCAGCAACGAGGUCAAACAGAGCGCUGUGCAGUUGCCUGUCUCCAUGGCUAUGAUGAGUCCGCAGAUGAUCACUCCACAGCAGAUGCAACAGCUCUUGUCUCCCCCUCAGCUCCAGGCCCUGCUGCAGCAACAGCAAGCUUUGAUGCUACAGCAGUUACAGGAGUACUACAAAAAGCAGCAGGAGCAGUUGCAUAUCCAGCUUCUGACUCAGCAGCAGCAGCAUCAGCAGCAGCAGCAGCAGCAGCAGCAACAGCAGCAGCAGCAGCAGCACGCUGGGAAACAAGCAGCGAAAGAGCAUUUAGGCAAUAAGCAGUUGGCCUUCCAGCAGCAGCUGAUCCAGAUGCAGCAGCUUCAACAGCAGCACAUCCUCAACCUCCAGAGACAAGGACUGGUCCCAAUGCAGCCCACCGCUGCCAUGCAGUCUCUGCAGCAAGCGAUGUGUCCGUCAGACCUCCAGCAGCUGUGGAAGGAGGUGUCAGGCGUGCAGAGCAGCGAGGAGGCCCUGAAACAGGCAGAGGGCCUGGACUUGAGCACCAACUCUACCUCAGCCUUCCCCAAAGCUGCCAGCGCUCACAUCCCACUGCACAGCCUGCACAACGGACAGAGCCACACCCCAAAGAGAGACAGAGCCAGACUGUUUGAGUGGAUAUCCUCCUUCACCAAGGCAGACAGCGGAGAUGACCAUGUCCCCCUUUACUCCAAAGGAAGCCAACCCCCCAGCCAUCAUGAGGAACAUGCAGGCUCCCAUCCACUUUACGGCCAUGGAGAGUGUAAAUGGCCCGGCUGUGAAGCACUGUGUGAGGACAUGGGACAGUUCAUCAAGCACUUGAACAAUGAGCAUGCCCUGGAUGACCGCAGCACCGCUCAGUGCCGAGUCCAGAUGCAGGUGGUUCAGCAGCUGGAAAUACAGCUGGCGAAAGAGAGUGAGCGACUCCAGGCCAUGAUGACCCACCUGCACAUGCGCCCCUCAGAGCCAAAGCCUUUUAACCAACCUCUGAACCUGGCUUCCAGUGGCUCUCUGUUGAAGCGGGACAGCGAUGCCUACUCAGAGGGCCUUCAGCACCCCCCCACCUCGGCCGCCACCCCCAUCACCCCGCUGCGCCAGGGACCCUCGGUCAUCAGCUCCUCCAGCCUGCACUCACACUCCCACUCCCACACGCACGGUGUCGGGCCCAUACGGAGGCGCAACUCCGACAAGUAUUGCACCCCCAUCGCCUCAGAGCUGGCUCAGAACUGUGAGUUCUACAAGAACGCUGAUGUCAGGCCUCCCUUUACCUACGCCUCUCUUAUACGUCAUGCCAUUCUGGAGUCCCCAGACAGACAGCUGACUCUCAAUGAAAUCUACAACUGGUUUACACGGAAGUUCGCCUACUUCAGGAGAAACACAGCAACAUGGAAGAAUGCUGUGCGCCACAACCUGAGUCUGCACAAGUGUUUUGUUCGUGUUGAGAACGUGAAGGGAGCCGUGUGGACUGUGGAUGAAGUCGAAUACCAAAAGAGGAGACCACCAAAGAUGACCGGAAGUCCCACUCUGGUGAAAAAUAUGAUUUCAGGCCUGGGCUUUGGAUCCCUAAACGCUAGCUACCAGGCGGCGCUGGCAGAGAGCAGUCUGUCCAUGCUGAACAGCUCUCCCCUGGUGAGCCCUCCGUCUGCAGCCAGCCUCAACAUGCUGCACGUGGGCCACGACGAUGUCAGCUCCACUGUGGAGCAGGUCAACAGCAACGGCAGCUGCAGCCCCACGCUCAGCCCUCACCAGUACAGCCACCCGGUGCAUGUGAAGGAGGAGCCCACUGAUGUGGAUGAGGACGGUCGGCCAGUAUCCCUCAUGGUUGGGGUCACACACAACAUGCCAUUGCCGAGCGACGAGCGCGAUCUGGAGGAGGAUCUUCCCAACGAGGACCUGGAGUAGGACAGAUCCUAGAACGGACCAGAGGGACGGGAC